UACACGUGACACCGUUUCUCCCCCCAAAUCGCUACAUAUUGUGCAAUAUGGCGUUGACUGAUUCACUUCCACUGCUUCUACUGUCAUGUGUCAAAACGGGUCAGUUCCCAGUACAGUGGUUGAAGAAUGGCAUACAAUGUAGAGAUGAGUAAAAAUCUGGCACUAGGGAGACACUUUUUUAUGACAGUUUGUGCAUUGGAUGAUGAUGAGCUGAGAUAAAUGAUGGGUUGGCCAUAUUUAGUGCAGGUAUUAGGCUUGGGACUUAUAUAUAUACAUAUAUGCCACAGCAGACCUAUAUUUUUAGCAGAUAGUCAUUAUAGCAACAAUAAAGUGGAUUCAAGGACCGUUACGUACACUGCAAACAAGAGUUGCCCACCCUGUGCAAAAGGUGAAUACCUGCUGACAGAUGAAACAGCAAAAAAUUAUCCCUGUUUGUGUUCCAAAUGCCCAGAAGGCAUGUACCUUAAUAUAGAUGACAGGUGUAUGAAAUGUGAUUGCUGUAACAAAACCAACAUAAUUACUGGAGAGAAUAUUUGGGGUCACAAAAUAAAGGAAUGUGAUGCACAGUUCCCAGACAAAAAAUGUGACUCAGACGCGGACUAUAAAGCAACUUGUAAUGCAGAGCCAACACCUGGACCUCCAACCCCUCCAUUCUUUGUUAGAUUCCCGUGGAUGUAUGCUGUCAUAGUUGCUGCAGUGGUAGGAAUAGCAUUAUCCAUUGUGGGGCUAGUCCAGGUUUAUAGAAGAUGGAAGAAAAGUAAUGAAGGUAUCAGUGUCCCAGGCCCAGUACCCUGCACAUAAACUGCUUGUACCAACUUUGACUUUUUUCACAU